CGGCCAUUUUGUGGGAGAAGCCACAGCGCCGCCUCUUCUCUCGCGUCCUGGUCUCCGUGGCCGCCGCCUCUUCCUCCGCCUCCUCCUUCGCCUCUUCCUGCCUCCUCCCGGCUUCCGCCGCCGCCACUCCAGCCGAAUCCCAGCCCCAGGGCGAAGCGUCUCCUUAUUUAUUUACGUUUUCUCGCCACUGCAGCCUCCAGACACGGUGAUCCGGGCGGGCCCCGCAGGAAUUUUAUCCCCUCACCGGCCUCACACUAGUAUCGCAUGUCCACUAUCCAGAACCUCCAAUCUUUCGACCCCUUUGCUGAUGCAACUAAGGGUGACGACUUACUCCCGGCAGGGACUGAGGAUUACAUUCAUAUAAGAAUCCAGCAACGGAACGGCAGAAAGACACUGACUACUGUCCAGGGCAUUGCAGAUGAUUAUGACAAAAAGAAACUUGUGAAAGCUUUCAAAAAGAAAUUCGCCUGUAAUGGUACUGUGAUUGAACAUCCUGAAUACGGAGAGGUUAUUCAGCUUCAAGGUGACCAAAGAAAAAACAUUUGCCAAUUUCUCUUGGAGGUUGGCAUUGUCAAGGAGGAACAGCUUAAGGUUCAUGGAUUCUAAAAUGAACCUAAAUACGUGGAGAAUUUCUUGAAUAAUUUUGUUCUCUAAACCCAGUUUGGCUGCCUUGUGAAAUGAUUCUCUGCAGUAAACGGACUUUUCAUGUAUUUAAUCAUUCAGACUCCCAUUCACACCUGCAUGAUUACAGAAAACAUGGGGUAUGUAGGCUAGUAACACAUAAGAAAAUUGCAGUAAGAUGGUAAUGAAAUCCCAUAUUCAUCUUAACAUGUUUCCAAUGGAAAAUAUUUUGUUUUGAGUGUUUAUUUGUUUAUUCAGUUUAUUAUUUUUCACUUGAUUAAAUGUUUUUUUGUUGUAUUAAACCAUGUAUGUUGCAGCUUAACAAUAAAGAAACAUCUAUGAAUCCUUUUGUGAGCAAUUAGGCUCCCAAAUCUAAGCAAGUAAAUACCCAUAUUUUGUCUUUCA